CAACUGACGACACGACCCCAGCGGCGGAGAGCACAUCCUCGACAGGACAGAGAGACGAGAGCAGAGAGUUCUGCUUGAGGAGCGAAUAUGAGAAUUCUGAGGGCGGUAGGUUCGAGACUUUCCGAAAUUAGAAUCAUGGCGCCAUUGCCGUUUCUUUCUCGACCUCCACGUUGUUUCUCCCGGCUUCAACAGAAUCACCUCCAGUCGCGGGACCAGCAGCAGUUGCGACGGUUCUCUUUCGGCGUCGCAUUUGACAUUGACGGGGUAAUUCUUCGUGGCCGCGUUCCUAUCGGCGGCUCUCCUCAGGCUCUGAGGCGACUGCUCGGAGAUUCAGGGUCUUCGAAAGUUCCCUUUGUCUUCCUGACUAAUGGUUUUACAAGGUCACUCUCCUUUCAGAAAUUUGCUGAAGAGGUAUACUUCUGGUUUGAAAAUCCUCUCCUGUAUACGCAUCAAACAGAAUAUUCUUCCUUAAUUAACUUGCCUUUCAGAUACGAGGAUCAACUCAUUGUUGCUACUGGUAAAGGGGAACCUGCACUUGUGAUGUCUGAGUAUGGAUUCAAAAAUGUUCUUUCAUUAGAAGAUUAUGCAUCUUUGUUUGAGAACAUAGAUCCUGUGUCUCAAUACAAGUAUUGGGCAACUAAAAAACCCAUGGACAGAAGUGAUCUAUCCAGAAAUAUUGUGCCAACAUGUGAUAUUCAUUCCAAAUCAGUUAAAGCUGUUUUUGUCGUCAGUGAUCCGGUAGACUGGGGCAGUGAUAUUCAGGUAAUCUGUGAUAUUUUAAGAUCCGGAGGCAUUGUGGGGCAUAAAGGUGGGACUCAACCUCCACUUUAUUUCGCUGCUGAUGAUCUUGAAUAUCAGGCUGCAUUCCCCUCUGAGCGUCUUGGAUUGGGGGCUUUUAGAAUCGCUCUAGAGAGUGUUUUCAACAGAGUCCAUCACAGUCCUCUGGAGUACGUGUCCUUUGGGAAGCCAAAUCCUUUUGUGUUCAAGAACGCUGAAUCUGUCCUCAACCAGUUUCAACCAGCUGACGAACACGGUGGAUUUAAAGAAUGCGGGCCUGUAGCACAUCCUUUUGAAACCCUCUACAUGAUUGGUGAUAACCCUUUCGUUGACGUCAAAGGUGCCCGGGAGGCUGGGCAGCCGUGGUUCUCUAUCUUGACAAGGACGGGUGUUUUCCGUGGUGAACACAACCAUGCCGAGUUUCCUGCAGAUUUGGUUGUUGACACCGUCGAAGAUGCAGUAGAUUAUAUUCUGAGGAAGGAAAGCCGUUCGUAGCUAGGACUAUGUAUUCUCGUACCCCGCCAAAGUGGCAACCAUUAUUUUGUCCUUCCUCACAAUUUUUGCUUAACUUUCUGGUAUCGGGGGAUCGGUUGGGAUGCUUAAAAACAUGAAUGUCUAACUUGCGCUGUCAUUUCGUUGUAUAUAUGACUUUGCAUUGUGGUACAUCAAGUUGUAAAGAUGAAUUCUCAGCUUUCCAAUUCUAAUAGGGUUUACUGCUCCUGCUCCCGAAUCAAAGAAGUUGUCUUUUGGCGAGCUUGUCCAUCGAGGGGACACAGUUAGAAGAAACCAAGACUGAAGACACUGAUGAGGAACAAUGUUCAGAACUGCCACCUAUUCCUGCUACCACUAAUGGAGUUUUUU